AUGCUCACCUUUCGCAAGUCGCUUCUAGCGGCUGUGUUGCUAAUCACCUUCAUCGUCUUCUUCCGAUCCUCGCAUUCUUCCCCGUCCGUGUCACCGCCAGUGCCCGCCGCCGCCGCCGCGGCGGGAGCCUACGAUAGCAGCCCGACCACAAACGACCGGCCCCAGGGGCAGAACCCCGACAGCGUCAAGCAGCAGCCCCUCACCCCUCCACUGAGCGCCCCGUUGCGCGAACGAUUGCGCUUUCAUUUUCCCUACGACCUCGAUGGGAAGUUCCCCGCAUACAUUUGGCAGACAUGGAAGUACACCCCGGAGUCGAUGUUCUUCUCCGAAGAACUUCGUGAUCCCGAGGCUAGCUGGACCGAACUACACCCAGGAUUUGUCCACGAGGUCAUUCCCGACGAUACGCUGCGGCAUUUGAUCAAGUAUCUGUACGGAUCGGUGCCUGAUGUAUACGAGGCCUUCGAAUCCAUGCCUCUACCCGUCCUCAAAGCCGACUUCUUCCGGUACCUCAUCCUUCUGGCACGCGGCGGGAUCUACAGCGACAUUGACACCACCGCCCUGAAGCCUGCCUCGGACUGGCUGCCUUCGGAGCUGGAUCUGACGACCGUUGGGGCCGUCGUGGGGAUCGAGGCCGACCCAGAUCGUCCGGACUGGCACGACUGGUACUCGCGCCGGAUCCAGUUCUGCCAGUGGACCAUCCAGGCCAAACCGGGCCAUCCCAUCUUCCGGGACAUUGUCACUUACAUCACCGAGGAGGCACUGCGGAUGAAGAAGGCCGGGCUGUUGAAAGUGGGAAAGAUGGACAAGACAAUCAUGGAGUUCACGGGCCCGGGGGCCUGGACCGAUGCCGUGUUCCGGUACUUCAAUGAUCCGGAGUACUUCAACAUCGAGCCCGGCUCGACGUCGAAUGUCACAUACGAGCAUUUUACCAACCUGCAAGGGUACAAGAAGGUCGGGGAUGUGGUGGUUUUGCCCAUCACGAGUUUCAGCCCAGGUGUGCACCAGAUGAAUGCAGGCGAUAUCGAUGAUCCGAUGGCAUUUGUGAAACAUAACUUUGGAGGAACUUGGAAGACCGAUCCGUCUCUCUGA